GCACUGAAAUCGCUGACUCGAGCGACGUCUCACUCAUUCUUCACCAACACCGUAAGCAAAAUGCGGUGACUGUCGCCGCAGGAUGUCCACAUUGGCACGGACAGCUCGAAUUUCCAGAAUAAAGUCCAGGACCGGCUGUAAAACGUGCAAGAUCCGCCGCGUCAAAUGUGGAGAGGAAAAGCCACACUGUGCGCGCUGCACCAGUACCGGCCGGAAAUGCGACUACGCUGAGUCUGCUAGGCCCGCCGUCGCCCGCGUGCUGCCUGUUUUUUCAGCAGUAUCUCGCGAGCGGCGCGCGUACGAGUACUACUUUUUCCACGCCGCGCCGUCUCUCUCGGACGCUCUGGACCUGGAGUUCUGGCGCGGCACGGUUCUCCAGAUCUGUGGCUCUGAGCCGGCGGUUUGGGAUGCGGUCGUUGCGCUGAGUGCGUUCUACGAGCAUCCUACGUCGUCGGAGGGCGAGUCUACGUAUCAGAUUGAGCGGACCGACUGUCUUGCGCGUCCGAAAUCGCGCAGCCAUCGCGAGGCUCUUGUGUGGUACUCGCGGUCUCUGGGGAGAAUACAGGACCAGAUUAAGCGCGGGGUCGCGGAUUACGCUGUUGCCCUCGUGAGCUGUGUGCUUUUCAUAUGCAUUGAGGUUCUGCAAGGCAAUGUCAAGUCUGCAUUGAUGCUGUAUCAUCAAGCUACGCAGCUCAUGGCAUCGGCAACGGAGUCAAUGUCAAAAAGACUGGAAACGACCAUCGCAGCUAUUCUUCUCCGGGUCGGAACCAUAUCCGUCAUUGUGGAUGGGAACUCUCCACUGCCCAAGCAAUCACUCCCCAGUUCUCACACCUUCACCAGGCUAUCUGAUGCGCGAUCUGCCCUCUAUGCACUCGUCGCGGACUGGAAAAAGUUCGAUCUCGAUUGCUUGGCAAUUCGCACCGCACAGAGACCAAUUUCAGACGCUGAUUAUUUGCAACCCCGCCAGCGAGCCCUCGAACGAGAUCUUCUCUCCUGGGACCGGCAGUUCCAGGCACUACCCGAAGUCAUCCAAUACAACCGAAAAACAAAUCCUUCCUCCGAGCACCGUGGAAUCAUAGCAGCCUUAUCAAUGACAUACCUCAGUAUCCUCACCCUCACACGAACAGGCCUAUCUACAUCGGAAUCCUGCUAUGACGCCUACGAAGCCGACUUUGCCAAAAUCAUCUCCCACACGCCAGCCGCACUAUCUGCUACAGCGGCCAGCGGAAACCAACCACCAUUCACCUUCGACAUGGGGACGGGGAUGUCCCUGCUGAUCACCAUAAUGAAAUGCCGCUCGCCCACGAUCCGGCGACAAGCGCUCACGCUUCUACGCCAGUCUCCAGAGCGACAGGGGAUGUACUUUUCGAAAUCAGCGUCCAGUUUCCUCGCCGCGGUUGUGGCAGUCGAAGAAACCGGCGGGACGUGCUCGGAGGAGCAACUGUCGGUGCAUAACCUACUCAAUACGCCAGGCCGGGUUCCCCUAGAUAACGAGCGGGUGUUUGCGCUAGAUCUUAUUCCGUGGGAGACUCCGGACGGCGGGAUGGGCACUGCGCUGCAGUAUGCUCGAAGGGAAACCGUGGGUGGGGAAAUGCGUGUUGUCAACGACAUGGUUGUACGGCGGGUGAACCUGUGUCGGUUCUUCAAGCAGGGCGAUGAAUAACACCGAAAUCUCUAGUUUAUGUUUAUCCGUGGUCUAUAUACUAUAUCUACCUCUUUGUCCUGUUAUAUAGCUCCUUAACCCGCCGUGCCAACUCCUCCGACUCGGCCUUCACCCACGGCAUCG